AUGUCGUCGACAGCAAGAUCUUCCGACAAACCACCGCGUGAGAAGAUGAGGAAACCGUCUCCCGAGAUCUCGAUUUUGUCUCUUCCUGACGAUUUGCUAUUGAAUAUCAUAGCGCGAGCCUCAAGACUGUACUAUCCAACUCUCUCCCUCGUCUCCAAAAAGCUCAGAACCGUCGUCGCCUCACCGGAGCUUUACGAGACCCGCUCACGCUUAAACCGUACCGAGAGUUGCCUCUAUCUGUGCUUACGUUACCAUCUAGAUCACCUUCGUGACCCUACCACAUAUUGGUUCGCUCUCUGCAUGAAACCGAACCAAACCCUAACCAACCGGUCAAGUGGCCGCCUUUUCAUCCCAAUCACAUCUCCCCAUUUGCGUCAUGACCGAUCUACUGGUCUAACGUCUAGCCUCGUAGCCGUUGGGUCUAACAUCUACAAGAUGGGCGCGCAUACGCCCUCUUCGUCUGAAGUCUCGGUACUUGACUGUCGGUUCAACACGUGGCACAGUGCUCCAAUGAUGCGAGAGAAGCGGAGCUCCCCCGCGGCGAGCGUAGUUGAUGGUAAGAUAUACGUAGCAGGAGGGUGUGAAGAUCUCAACUCCGAGAACUGGGUAGAGGUAUUUGAUCCAAAGACUCAAACUUGGGGAAAUGUGACCAAACCUGGCUCUGAGAUACGCCCAGAAACUGGAGUCUAUAGCUUUGGAGUUGAAGGAAAAUUGUACGUCUUUGGUGAUAAGUUGAAGUAUGUGGUUUGGGAUCCCAAGGAAGCUAGUUGGAACCCGUUAGUAUUGGGUGUGGCUAUGGAUUUGGAAAUGGAUGUGUAUGAGGCUAUGGAUUUGGAUAUGGAGAUGAAUGGUGUGGCUUCUGCAGUGUCCUAUUGUCACUGCGUGAUAGGAGACGUCUUGUUUCUUUGGAACGAAAGAGAGUUUAGAUGGUAUGACUUUAAGGCAAGUUCAUGGAAGAAGUUGAAUGGUGUUGAAGAUUUGCCUGAUUUUGAUGGAGAUUGUAAAAUGGUGGAUGUUGGUGGAAAGAUGGCUAUCUUGUGGCAGAGUUUUGGGCGUUUAGAUGAACAUAAGGAAGAGAAAUUUAUUUGGUGUGCUGAGAUUGGGCUUGAGAGGCGCGGAGAUGAGAUGUGGGGGAAGGUGGAGUGGUUUGGUGUCGUGCUCACAACCCACGAGCCAUGUUGCUUGUUCGAUGCGGAUGUUAUUUCUGCUACUGUUUGAUUGAAAUGACUGCUGAUGAUGAGAACAUGUGGCUUGAACGGUGAUGAAAGAAUGAAGAAUCAUUCACUUGUGCGGGUAGUUUCGUUUUGUUUUUGAGUAUUUGUUUUUUUGAGGUAUCUCCCUUUGGUUUGAUAUUCAACUCUAAUGAAUUAUUGUUUCAUGUUUUUAG